AUGGCGGCUGAGGGGAUUGCCGUGGCGGGAGGCGGGAGUGUCGGCGGCCGCCUGGCCAAGGACGGCGUGCGGCAACCUAAGUGCCCGGAAGCAGUCCCGAACCAGCGGCGGGGCUCCGCGCAGUCGCGAGACACCGAGCGCCGAGCCCACCAGUGGUGCCGGGAGUACCUGGGCGGGGCCUGGCGCCGGGUGCGGCCGGAGGAGCUGCGAGUUGACCCCGUGAGCGGGGGCCUCAGCAACUUGCUCUUCCGCUGCUCGCUGCCGGACCACCUGCCCAGCGUCGGCGAGGAGCCGCGGGAGGUGCUGCUGCGGCUGUACGGGGCCAUCCUGCAGGGUGUGGACUCUUUGGUUCUUGAAAGUGUGAUGUUCGCCAUCCUUGCGGAGCGGUCUCUGGGGCCCCAACUCUACGGAGUCUUUCCAGAGGGUCGGCUGGAGCAGUACAUCCCAAGCCUGCCACUGAAAACGCGAGACCUUCGAGAGCCCAUGCUGUCAGCAGCCAUUGCCACGAAGAUGGCCCGGUUCCAUGGCAUGGAGAUGCCCUUCACUAAGGAGCCCCACUGGCUGUUUGGGACCAUGGAGCGGUACUUAAAGCAGAUCCUGGACCUGCCCCCCGCUGGCCUCCCCCAGAUGGACCUGCUGGAGAUGUAUAGCCUGAAGGAUGAGAUGGGCAACCUCAGGAAGUUGCUUGACUCCACCCCAUCACCAGUGGUGUUCUGCCACAACGACAUCCAGGAAGGGAACAUCUUGUUGCUCUCAGAGCCAGAAAACGCCGACAGCAUCAUGUUGAUCGACUUUGAGUACAGCAGCUACAACUACCGGGGCUUUGACAUUGGGAACCAUUUUUGUGAGUGGGUUUAUGAUUAUACUCACGAGGAGUGGCCUUUCUACAAAGCACAGCCUGCAGACUAUCCCACGCAGGGGCAGCAGCUCCAUUUCAUUCGCCAUUAUCUGGCAGAGGCAAAGAAAGGUGAGAUCGUCUCCCCAGAGGAGCAGAGGAAACUGGAAGAAGACUUGCUAGUAGAGGCUAAUCGGUAUGCUCUGGCGUCCCACUUCUUUUGGGGUCUCUGGUCCAUCCUCCAGGCAUCCAUGUCCACCAUAGAAUUCGGUUACCUGGAGUACGCACAGUCCCGGUUCCAGUUGUACUUCCAGCAGAAGGGGCAGCUGACCAGCCUCCAACUCCCAUCCUGA